AUGGAUUCGACGGUGGGAGAGGAGGUUUACCUUGCCAUGCAGGAUGUCUUUUGCAAACACCACGCCGAGACCCGUGAUAAGAAAGCCAUCAAACGCAGAAUCCACGCCUGCUUGGGCCCAGCGAUCAACGCUCUGGACUUGAAAUAUACCCGGCCAGCUGUUGUCAGUACGUGCCAGGAGCUCCUUGAGAAGGGGAUCUUCGAAAGCAGGUGGAAGGCCGAGCAGCAGUUUCCUCAUUUAUUCCAGUGUUCACCUUCGCCACAGGUAGCUACACCAGCGAAUGCGCCAGAGAACCCUGAAGCUACGAGACAGGAGACAGAUUGGAAGGAGCAGAUCGUGACGCUCAUAGCAAAGAGCAAGGCCAAAAGGACUUCUAGGUUGCAAGCUGCGGUUGUAGGUCCACCGCCCGAGUUUGAAGGAAAUAUGGUGGCCAUUCCAGAGUCUUAUGCUGCUGAGGCUACAGGGGAGGUGGGCGACGCGGCAAGCGACACCAUGAGUGAUGCGAUGGGCAGCAUCGCCACGACAAGCAGCGACACCGCCAUCGCCGAGUCAACGGCAACGGCAACAGCGCAACAGCCACCUAUAGAGACCGCCACUUUUCCCGGGCUGCGCACCGCCUUCCUAUCAUACGAAGCUCAACACGCUCUCUUCACAAAGAUCCAAAACCUUCUAGAGAAAGCCUGCUUCGACUACGCGAAGCAGGCGCACCCCAAGAUCCUGGAAGCAGGACAAUGGGAGUCGCCCGAGUGUGUCGAACUCCAAAAGUGGAUGUGGAUCUUUAAGAACGAGGUGUUUGAUACAUUUCAGGCUGAGACGGUGCCCCUGCCGCAUACUGGCUGGCACGCCUUCUUCGAAUCGAUCAAGCAGAUUCGGCACAAGGCCGUCCAUCGCGAGGUUCUGUGCGUCGCGGAUGUGAAGGCGUACCUCGCUGACGCAGAGAGCCUCGCGAAGCUGCUGCGUCAGGACGAGUGUAUGGCCAAGCUGGGCCUGCUGAGGGAGGAAAUGGAGAUGGUGCUGGCCGUUUCGGAGCGAAAGAAGGAUGCGCUGGCGGUGAAGUAUCAGGCCAAGUUUGAGAAGAUUGAGGUGCGGCGGAAGGAGCUGGGUGAGAUUGAGAGGCGGACGAAGGAGGAGAUGGUACAGGAGCAUCGGAGGAUGCAGAGUGAUCUCGGGUUUGGGUUCAAGCUUGCGGUUGCGGAGAUGAAGGAGACGGAGGUCCCGGGGAAGGGAGGUGAAGUGGAAGGGGAUAAAGAAGAAGGCGCGGGCUCUUGGGGACUUGCCGCUGGCCUCUGGAAACUGGUUUCUGGCUGGUAA